GGCAGUGUGCGUACAGCUCAGCUUCACUCUCUGCCGCUGCCGUACUCCAAUAGUUGCCACUCGGGUUUGUACGUCGUGGUUGCCCUUGUCUGAUGGAAUGACAGCUAGCUUUGGAUGGGAUCUAACGGUGCGGAGACACCCAUGGCAUAACUGCCCGAGAGGAGUCACAACCACUGUUAGUCGGAGUCAAGAGUGACACUCUUGAUGAGCACUUCACAGCUUUUUGACUCCGGUCUUACGGAUGCUGUGUAGCCCUAGCAGCGGGGGUUUGUUUUACAACCUGACAUCAGUAGCUAGCUGACGAUAUUUGUUAUCAUGCGUGGAUGAUUCGUGAGCUUUCAAACGAUAUCCAUGAACUUCAUCAGCAGGAAUUAUGAACUGAUUAAUUGGUAAGUCCAAUCAAUAGGACAGCUCCAUCGAUUUCCAUUGUUUCAAAUGACACAGAUACAAAACUACAGUAUUGAUCGAACAUUCAGCAGAGUGUAGGGGAGAGAAAACUAGAUUUGUAAAAAACAGAUGGCCUGCAAAAUCAGUCCAAAAUAACAUUCAUAUAUUAUAAGGACAUGACUGGAUCGAUUGCUGCACCAGAUCAGCUUGCGCCUGUGACACUUGUGUAAGUUUGUUAUGUGAGAGCUCAACAACCCGAUUGGGAAGAUGAAUUUCUCCAAUAACAACUCGAAUGAAUCUUCGAUGUGCAAGCCGGUGGCCGAAGACCAGCUUGAGGCCUUGCUGUACAGCAUGGAGUUCGUAACGACCGUAAUCACACCUUGUAUCCUGGUCUUCGGAUUGAUCGGGAACAUCAGUUUCUUGGUGGUUGUCUUUCGAAUCAAAUGGAUGCGGACCGUGGUCAAUUGCUACCUGGUCAACCUCGCCGUCACUGAUAUACUCUUCUUAAUUUUCGCUGGUGGUGAUCAGAUACUCGCGUAUUUAAUAACUCCGGUCCAUCGGGAUGAUAACUUCAGAGGGACGACAGGCUGUGUAUUGAUCCAUCUGAUUAAGGACGCCUGUUUCUUUACGUCGCUGUCCCUUAUAACUCUAGUCACCUUGCAGAAGUUUUACGCCGUGUGUCAACCGUACCAGUACAAGCGCUGCACCGGUAGGCGCCAGCCCACAAAGUUCAUCACGGUAUCCUGGUUUCUGUCCAUCGUGUUCGGCUGUUUGCUCAUUCCCGGGACUGCGCACUUUGCGCAGUACUGCAUCAUCUGGCCGGAUAAUGAUACCUACAAAGACUUCCCGGAGAUCAUUGCUUUCUGCGUGCCCAUGGAUGAUAACUUCGAGAUAGUCGGUAAGAUCCUGCAGAGCGUGCCUUUCAUGGCUGCGCUCUUCAUUAACUUCUACCUGUACGGGAAGAUCAUAGUGGCCCUACACAAGAGGACAACCUCAGGGAAGGGGUCGAACGAGAAGGCUCGCAUCCGGACGAGAAAUCAGAUGGCGCGCAUGGUCAUCACCAACGGAAUACUUUUCUUCUUGUUGCUAAGUCCCAUACAUGUGACAUCGUUUAUACACGCAAUCAACAGAUUGACUUCUGCUUCGCCUUCGUUGAACCCAUCCCAAAUGACACAGAUGAGUAAGAUAUUCCAAAUCAUUACGCACUUGAACUCGGCCGUGAAUCCAAUAGUAUACAACGCCACCAACCCACGGUACCGCCAGGCGUUCUGCCAGACGUUCUGUUGUUGUAACCUCGCCAAAAGCUCUAAGUACCGAUCGGGUGUCCAACUCAGGGAGGUGUCGGGCACGAAAACGGGGGCCACCAUCUCCGGCGAUCGAAGCUUCUCGCCGAAUUACAUCAAUAGAACCACGGACACGCAGAUAUCUAGGAAUGACGUCCUUUAAAAUGUGCCACAUUGUGACUAAUGUCCCGAAUGUGACGAAUGUCUCGUAGAUGAAAGUGCAUUGCGCCACAGUGACGAUCAUUGUCAGUGAAUAGUUGAUGAAUGUUCUUCUCGACUUCAAAUAAUUCGGUUGCUGCGUAUACAAAGUGACGUCAAAUAAACAAAUGGUGCCCUUCGCAAAUUUGCAAAAUGGUAACACAUUUUAAUUAAUGUUUUCAAUGUGUAAAUAUUGUAUUUUAAAGAGAUAUCUUUAAACAGUCAUAAUCUAUUAGGUCUUUUGUCAUGUUGCAUGAAGUUUUUAUUUAUUAUGAGUCGCCGGUGAUGUCCAGAAUGUUAGAUAUUAAAUGUGCGUAUAGAGAGUGCUGUCGUUCACUUUAUAGCCUGACGCAAAUUAACCGUUGAAAAUUCAAACUCCCACGUGGGCCCUUUAAGAAUGAACCAAUGCAGCGUGCCCCCUCGUUGUGUCCCCUACGUGCCAAUUAAACAAAUGGUGAUAGUAUGGUUAUCGUAAAAGAGCCAUACGAGAAUAUAAAUUGACGGCUAUGGCCACAGUUACGGCUUUGUCUACGGCUAUAUCUCUACACUGUUUGUUAAUAAUACCGCCGUAAAUGCAAAGACGCUUUGGGUAACGACAGUGUGUAUGCGUGGCAAUAUUGAGCCCGGUAUGGGCUUGGGGUUUGGCUUGGUAACUUUUUGCCAACUCUUUGCAGAGCACACAUCAAGCCAUAAGCCAGAAGUCAUAGCCAAAACCGCUCGUAAACAAGUGUGCGUUAUGCGUAAAAGAAAAUAACAAGGAGGCCCCUUAAAAAGUGAUCACAACUUCACAUAAGACUGAUGGAAGAAAGUACACAGUUUGUCAUAGUUUAACUAAUUAUUUUCACAACAUCUCAAGAGGGCAGGUGCAUGACAUUUGACCCCUCUUAUUAAUAUCUCAAAAAAGGUUUUACGAUGGGGGCGGGGCGGGGGCGUUUGGGACGCAUCUGUAUUUACAGUGAAUCAUGUUUGUAAUGUUACUAUAAUUAAACAAGUAAUUGUUUUUCCCAAACACAUGACGCCUCGUAUAACUGAGUUACACAAUCGAAGCUCAUGUGCUAACAUAUAACGUUGAUUUGACUUUAAAAGCAAUCUGUAGACCUCCACCUGCUUACCCGCCGUGGGUUGGGACUUCAAUUCCCUCUCGAUAGUAUAGACUACAUAAAAACAGAACCUUCAGAUGAAAAACAAAAACCUUCAAACCAAGUCAAAUUAAAGUCUCGUUGCCUUAUUAUCGAAAUGCCUGUCUACGUAUAAAAAUAGGUUUAUUGGUUCACAAAAAAAACUAAACAUUAAAAUGUAUAAUAUUCUAUGUAUAGGUUUUUUCUUUCAUCCAUAUUUUGUUCCCUUUUGUCUCUGUGGAAAUCACUAUAUUGGUCGAUGAAGGUUUUAUGGAUUGUUAUUGAGUGGUUAACAUGAAGGCGCUAUUUGAAGAGAUGCAUAGUGUCAGUGUGUGCUUAUGCAGUUUCAUUCACAAUAACUCAAUGACCUUUAUUUGGACAGCCUGCUUAGCAUAAAUCAGUGAUGUUCGACUAAGCAAGUCAACCAUCCGAAUGAUAUACAUCACAUGGUAUUGUGGCUGGUUUACUCAUAUCUGCUGGGCAACAAUGUAAAUUCUUAGCAAGAGUCAGUGUUAAGAGCCCCAUACAAACUUGCUAUCUACCUUUGCUUUCUAAAUAAAUGUUAUUUUUUAUUUUUUAUAUAUUGGAUGUAUAUAAAUAAAAGUCGCUUCGAAAACUGAAAACUGGUAACUGUUAAACGAUGGGCAUAUACAAAACUUUGCCUAAAAUUGUAACUGUUUGAACGAACUGAGAGUGAAACACGGUGGUAUAACUUACCAAAAAAAACAAAUCUGCGAAAACAAUUAAAUCAUCAGAUAUGGUUUAUUGGGGAAACAGUAUUUUCUGGCCUUGAAUUGGGCAUUCAGUGCAUGUGACAUUCAGCUGGCGAAAUUAGUAAUGGCGUGAAAUUAGCUUAAAGGCACUGGACACUAUUGGUAACUACUCAAAACAUUGUUAAGCAUAGAACUUGGUAA